AUGUUUCAUCAAGUAUUCUGGUCAUUUUCAUCAUGUGUUGAAGCAUUUAAGCACUGCAAGCCACUAGUCUUGGUGGACGGAACACACUUGUAUGGUAAGUACACGGGGACAUUAUUGAUAGGAAAAGCUCAGGAUGGAAACAACAACAUACUUCCCAUAGCUUUCGUGCUUGUGGAAAAGGAGAACACAGACUGGUGGUACUUCUUUCUGACCAACUUAAGGAGGCAUGUGACCACUCAACCGAGGAUUCUACUUAUCUCUGACAGGCUUGCAGCUAUAAAGGCCACGCUGGAGCAAGAUGGGUGUGGAUGGGAACACAAUGUUUAUUGUGUCAGACACAUUGCCUCUAACUUUGCAACAAACUUCAAGAGCAAGGAAGCCAAAAGGCACCUUGUUAACGCGGCAAACUCAAAGACGCAAGAGCAGGCGCACUACUACCUUGAGUUAAUCAACACCGAGGAUCUUGCCACCUCCAUGGCAAUGAUGACUUGGAUAAGAGGGCUAGAGCCACCAAAAUGGCUCCAACACCGGGACGAGGGUCGCCGAUACGAUCACAUGACAAUGAAUCUUUCUGAGUGUAUCAACUCUAUUCUCAAGGGGACUCGUAAUCUUUCGAUUUGUGCAAUUGUUAAGUCCACCUAUCACCGCCUAAAUGCAUUGUUUGUCCACAAGAGUCGACAGGCAAAAGCACAGGUUACAUGUGGCUAG